AGUCUUCGGCCCAAGCCUAGUGGCGUUCGCCAGCGUGGGGCUCUUUUUGCUAGAUAGGAGAAGGACGCACUCUCGAGGACGGCUCCGUCGAGAAAAGCUUUGGUCGUGAUGUUCUGCAUCUUGGUACCGCAUCAAUGUGCACUUCUCCAAGAUUUGGCUACUCUCCAAAUCAGGCCGCUUCGUCGGCCCUGCGGAGCUUCUUGCUGAAGCACGGCUUCCUGCGACGCGAACGACGGCGCUGCUCCAGCGAACGAGUGCAGCCGAUCCAUGUGGCUGCCCAGCUGGGAGAUGCACUGGUCUUGGAGUUGCUCCUGGAAGCCGGUGCCGAUCCCUUCGUCCUUUACCAAGGUCAGUCGCCGCUCGAGAUUGCCAAGUCGCAGAACCAGGAGGACUCCCACUCUGAUUGCAUUGAACUUUUGGUUUCCGCGCUCACGGUGACGUCUGAGUUGGUUUGAUUUGGCGACUCCCGCCCCGCCGCAGCGUCCCCGUCGUGCACGGUGCGUCCCGCCGCAAAGAGCUCGGUGCGACGGACCGACGGAGACUUCGGUGGUCGAGUGAUCGGUCGGGC